AUGGCGACCUCCAUGGACCUUUUGCGAAAACUUGGUGCUGGUCUGAAAUUCGAUUUGCAACGCUUUAGAAAGGAUGCCGAAAAGUUUGAGAUCAUAAAACCAGUAUCGAAACGGGCUACAACGCAGCAGAUUUCAAAAGCUCUUGAUAUAUUUGGUGCCAAAGAUAGUCCAAAAUCAAACCAGGGUACACAACAACAAUCAGAUACCACACAAUAUGCCUCACAAAGACAUCAACGCCCAAAGAAGAAAGGGAAGAAGCGCCAAGCAGAACAGGGGUCUGUCUCUGCCUCAUCAGAGACGAAGAGGAGUAAGAAGGUAGAGAGAGAGGAAGACGUCUCGCAUGAUGGAGAGGAGAUGCAACUGAUGUCCUCCUUGCAGCCGAGCAGGAAGGUCGAUGAUCCAAAACAGACGGUUGAGAAACAGGAGCAAGCUAGAAGAGAUCAGAUCAACGCAUUCAGACGAACCCACAAGAUCCACGUGCGUGGAACGGACAUUCCCGAUCCAGUGGGGACGUUUAGUCAGCUGCAGUCUGAAUACAACCUCCACUCGGACAUCAUUGAGAAUAUACACCGAGCCGGUUUCGUUGUUCCCACACAGAUUCAGAUGCAAGCAAUACCCGUCAUGCUGCAUAGACGGGAACUUUUAGCUUGUGCGCCAACAGGAUCAGGGAAGACAGCGGCUUUUAUUCUCCCAGUGCUGGCACACUUGAAGGAGCCAAGAAAGAAAGGUUUCCGCGCAGUGGUCGUUUCGCCGACCCGUGAGCUGGCCAAUCAGACGUAUCGUGAGUUCCAGAGGUUAGCAGAUGGAAGAGGGCUUCGUAUUCACGUGAUUGAGAACACUGCAAAGGCAAUCAAGAAGUUUGGUCCGCAGUCUUCCCAGAAGUUUGAUAUCCUGGUGACCACACCUAACAGGCUUGUGUAUAUGCUAAAUCAGGAGCCGCCCGGUGUCAAGUUAAACAAUGUGGAGUGGCUGAUCGUAGAUGAGUCAGACAAACUCUUCGAAGAGGGGAAGUCAGGUUUCCGAGAGCAGCUAGCCACCAUCUACCAAGCCUGUGAUUCUACACACGUACGCCGGGCCAUGCUCAGUGCUACAUUCACUCAUGAAGUGGAACAGUGGUGUAAAUUAAAUCUUGAUAACGUAAUUACUGUUACUGUGGGACAGAGGAAUACAGCGACUGAGCUGAUACAACAGGAACUAAUAUUUGUCGGUGGUGAACACGGCAAGCUGCUUGCAGUCAGAGACAUCUUCAGAAAAGGAUUUCAGCCGCCCGUUCUCAUCUUUGUCCAGUCCAAGGAGCGAGCGCAAGAACUAUUUCAUGAACUCAUCUACGAUGGAUACAACGUUGAUGUCAUUCAUUCCAACAAGACACAAACUCAGCGUGACAACAUUGUGAGAUGUUUCCGUACCGGCAAGAUCUGGGUGCUGAUAGCCACGGAGCUGAUGGGCCGUGGCAUUGACUUCAAGGGGGUAAACGUGGUCAUCAAUUACGACUUCCCUACAUCCGCUAUUAGCUACAUCCACCGGAUCGGCAGGACUGGGAGAGCUGGCAGGACGGGAAAAGCGAUCACGUUCUUUACGGAAGAUGACUCUGUACAUCUCAGAAGUAUUGCCAAUGUGAUGCGCAACGCUGGGUGUCCUGUUCCCGAGUACAUGUUACAAAUGAAGAAACUUACCAAGAGCAAACGGAAAAGGCUAGCCAAGAAGCCAGUGAAACGAGAAACAAUCCGGACUCUACCCAAACAAGAGCUCAACAAGGCCAAGAGGAAAAAGGAAAUCAUCAAGAAGUCCUUGAAGGGAAACCAACAGAAAGACCCUAAGAGUCAAAGUUCAGAGGUCAACCACCGAGAACCAAAGAAAUCGAAGCCAUCUAAAGACAAGAAACCGGUUCCCAAAACUAAGGUCAACCAAGGGUCAAAGGUCAAACAAGCCUCAAAACCCCAAGUGUCGGGAAAGAAGGCAUCAAAACCGAGCUCAAAUAGUAAAAGUUUGCCAAAGCAAGAAACUGUAAAGGAUGCAGUAGACAAAAGCAGUGCACCAAAGAAAAAAAAGAAAAAGGGUAGCAACAAAAACUAAAUUUAAGACCAGAAAUGUCAUAUAAACGUAUUGGGGUUUUUCAUCCUGAGACAACAUAUGUUUAAAUUUGUUUUAAUUUAAUUUUCAUAGAGGAUUUUGUUUUUAAUCUGGCAAAGGGACAAUAAUAUUGGUAAUCAUUUAUUGUAGGGUUUACCUUUGCAUAAGCAUACGUUAAGAAACCAUGCACAAUUCAAGAAGGUGUGUCCAGAGGCUAGGUCUAGGUGUGGUACAAGGAUGGGUCCAGGGGUGUGGUCCAGGGGCAGGGUUCAGGGCCGUGUCCAGAGGGUCUGGACAAUUGAGGUGUUUAACAGCUACCUUUCCUUCAUGUUAAGUUUUUAUCUAUAUAGGAUUUGAGGCGUUUCAUGGUGAGGUACCAAUGUAUAUUUGGUUUGCGGUAACACCAUGUGUGUAUC